UUGAGUUCACCAAUUUGACUUUUUGUGGGUUCAGUUGGUAGUUCUCGAUGUCCCCAAUCGUUUUAGAAAGUCAAGUUUAUAACUGAAACUGUAUUUAGCGUUUUGAACACUAGCUACAAGUAUUCUGUGGACUUUCGAGUUUCUUGAUUUGUAUGACAUACAAUACAGUUCUCAAUCGUUUGAAAUAAGCUACGACACUGCAGUGUGUUGACAUAUUAGCUAGAUAGCUAACUUGCUAGCUCAUUGGCCAGUUUCUGGGCAAAAAGAAAAUAGCUACAGAUGCGGCUAAAGGAUCCCUUCUCGUUGAAAGUCGUCGGCAUGACUAAGCGGACUAACAAGCCAAGGAAGCCUCGAGAUGAGGAGUCGUCGGACGAAGUUAGCGGGCUGACCUGCCAGCAUGUCAGCAAGGCGGUGGACCUGAGCUCAGUCAAGAAGGCGGUGACCUCGAGCAUGUGGUCGAUGUGUUCAGAUUGCCUGAGGGAAAGGACUAUGAUAGAUGGAGAGCCAGCCAGUGGCCACGACAUCCUCGUAUGCCUCAAGUGCGGCUUCCAGGGCUGUAGCCAGUCAGAGAGCCAGCACUCCACCAAGCAUCACCAAACCCUCCACCCUGAGUCCCACUGCAUCACCGUUAGCCUCGGGACCUGGAAGGCCUGGUGUUUUGAAUGUAACGAAGAGCUCUCCACUCACUGCAAUAAGAAGGCUUUGGCCCAGACCCUGGACUUCCUACAAAAGCACUCUGUCAAGGCAGCCUCAGGAACCACAUCGAAAAUGAUCAAGCUUAGAGAGGAGCCCAGCGACUAUGCAGACCAGUCCAGAGGGAAGAGUCCGGUCAACAACAGCACACUGGUCCUGGUCAAAGGCAUCAACAACCUCGGAAACACCUGCUUCUUUAACGCAGUUAUGCAGAAUCUGUCCCAGACUCACAUGCUGAACGACCUGAUACAGGAUGUGAAGGAGAAGGGACACAAGCUGAAGAUCUGCCCCCCUGCCGAGUCAAACGUGGGGGCAUUGACGGUGACUCUGCCCAGCCCAGAGCCCCUGACCUCGGCCAUGUUCCUCUUCCUACACAGCGUGAAGGAGUCUGGGAAGGGCCCUGUCAACCCCAAGAUCCUUUUCAACCAGCUUUGCCAGAAUGCUCCACGCUUUAAGGGCUACCAGCAGCAGGACAGCCAGGAGCUGCUCCAUUACCUACUGGACUCCAUGAGAGUAGAGGAGACUAAGCGGAUCAAGGCGGGCAUUCUGAAAUCCUUCAACAACCCCACAGAGAAGACUGCAGAUGAUGAGACCAAACGCCAAGUCAAAGCAUACGGGAAGGAGGGUGUGACGAUGAACUUUGUGGAUCGCAUCUUUGUGGGGGAGUUGACCAACACCAUCAUGUGUGAGGAGUGUGAGCAUAUCUCCACAGUGAAGGAAGCCUUCAUUGACAUCUCCCUGCCCGUCAUUGAGGAGCGGAUGUCCAAGCCGUCCAACCCGGGCAGGACUGGGAAGAGCAGUCGGGAGCAAGAAGCUCACGUCUCCCACGGUGGCGAGAUGCUUUCCGCAGUGCUCAAUAAGAACAGCAGGAAACUUAGCGGACAGAAGCAGCAGCAGGGCCAGAAGUCCCCUGGCUCUGUGGAGGAGAAGGGGGCAGACAGCCCCUCAGACCACCCCGAGGAGUCCCCCUCCGUAAUGGCCCGUGCCGCAGGAGGUUCCAAAAUGGCCGCCACCAGCAGCCUAUCGGAUGGCAGCGAUAAAGACUCAGGCCCUCAGGACAGUAGCAACGACGCCGACAGCGAGGCCUCGGAGAGCGAGUGGACCCCCCGGCAUCCCUCGGGCCACAGCCAUGGUGGCAGAGGCUCCACUCCUACCCAGUCUCCCACCCCGCCUGCCCUCUCCCCCAGGACCCAGCAGGGUGGUGUUGUGGAGCAGCUGGUCAGUGCAGUGCAUAAGAUGAAUCUGGGCCCUGAUUCAGGGGACUCACUCUCCACACACUGUCCUGAGGACCAGAGGGAGCCCCAACCUCAACAUCCUCAACAGUCUCCUCACUCCAACCACCAGGGGGCAUUCAAGGCACUGUCCCACAGCUACACGCCCUGCUCCAAGGAGUGCUCCAUUCAGUCCUGCCUUCACCAGUUCACCUCGGUGGAGCUUCUGAUGGGCAACAACAAGCUGUUGUGCGAGAGCUGCACGGACCGCCGGCAGAAACAACUGCGGAAGAGCACCUCAGUAGAGAAGAAGUCUGACAAGGUGUACACCAGCGCUCGCAAACAGAUGCUGAUCUCUUCGCUGCCCCCGGUGGUCACUCUGCACCUGAAACGCUUCCAUCAAGCAGGGAUGAACCUACGAAAAGUCAACCGUCAUGUCAACUUCCCUCUCAUCCUGGACCUGGCGCCGUUCUGCUCGGCAUCCUGCAAGAAUCUGGUGGCAGGGGAGCGUGUGCUCUACAGCCUGUAUGGCAUCGUGGAACAUAGCGGGUCGAUGCGCGGGGGCCACUACACAGCGUACGUAAAGGUCCGUUGGCCCCAGAGGAGAACCGAGCAGCCACACCGCAGAAACAUGGCAGGUCCAAGGGAAGCAAGCAGUGCCACACAGGGUCAGUGGGUUUAUGUAAGUGACACCAAUGUCCAUGCGGUACCAGAGUCCAGGGUCCUCAACUCUCAAGCCUACCUGCUGUUCUACGAGGAGAUGCUGUGACUGCCAGAGCACGGAGCUGCCCAACAAUCAUUGGUGUCUCAGGAGACAGAGGAAGAGGGGAAAAAGAGAGAGAGAGACCUGCUUUGGGUAUACCUCUCUCUAAACUUUGACUCCCAAGAGCAUGAAACUUGGCACGUACUACAUGAUGGGAUUGGUAGUUCAUCAGGGACAUAAAGUCACUGUGAUGUUUACUGGACUGCUCAGCAUUGAAGGGUCACCACGCUGGUCCACUUACUGAACGUCCCCAUACCAUUGCUCAUACUUCUGUAUGUGAGAGAGAGAGAGUGAGCGAGAGAGUGGCAGAAUAGUAUGUUUGAUUAAAUGUACCAAAAAAAUGCUGUUAUUUAUAUUUUACAGCCUGCUGUGGUGAAUACGAAUUGUAUUUUUUGUAGAACAUGCGAAUGUGUGACUAUCAUUAAAUGGUGAUUGUCAAAAUAGUUUUUGGUAAGAGAAAUUAUAUAAAAUUAUGGGAAACAUAUACAAAAGUACCAAAAGAAUGUGAUCUCAAACUAUUCCUGAAAGGAGAGGUCCAUCAUGUGGCAGGCCAUCCGAGUGUGUUUCAGACCAAUACAUUACUGUGUUGGUCGGCACUGUUUUUUUUCAAAUCCUAGUUCUAUUAAAUAUGCACACUGGUGCACAAACAAUCUCUAACCACACAGAUACAAACACAUUGUGACGUUUAACAAAGGGACAUUGCUACAUAUAUGAAUGCCAGCUCGCCGGACAAUAAACGAUUGUUUUCAUUUCAUUUAGUCUUUUUAUCCCCAUAUGUUCUGCUGUAGUUAAACUAACGUGUGUUGAUCAAUCUUGAUCAAAGUGUCUCACCAUUUAUGUUUAAUUGCCAAAUUAUUCUGGUCAAGUGAGGGAUUUCUGUAAGUAAAAAUACAUUUUUUUGUCCCCCCUCCCCCAAACAAAUAAAUACUCAGUGCCUACAA